CAAAAUAAUAUUUUAUUAGAUGACAUCUAGGAAUACAUCUAUGGUAGAAUUUGAAUGCUCCCUCAUUAUAGAGACACCGAAUGUUCAACAUCAAAAUUUUAAUUUUUCAUCCUAACUUAUAUUUUGCCCUGGUGAUUGCUAUUUUCCUUUGACAAUGGCUUUUAAUAUCAUCAUUCUUGAUGCCCAUGCUGACAUCGGGUUAAAGCUCCUCAAUUCAAUCGUAUAAUUUGUUCUAGACGCAUCUGGAAGGGAGUUUACUCUUCUAUACAGAAAUGGCUUGUUUGUAUUUAUAUGGAGCAAAACUCGAUAAAAAAGUGAGAAAAGUUAACUUUACCUCGAGCUUUACCUAUGCUGCGCCUUUACGGAGUCGUACUUUUGUCAUAUUGUUGUUGUUCGAAAUGCUGUUACUAUUCCUAGUCAUACUACACAGGACUUUACCGAGAGAUCAUUUAAUCAUUGAUCGUGUUUCUUGGAAGUUCGGAAAAUCGAUCGUUGCAGUUACCCUAUGGAAGGUACUGAACGGUAUGGUAUUUGCAUGUCGCAAUUUGGAUCGGAUAUGUGGUUUUCAGACUCGUAGAGCUCGAUAACGCGUUAAAUGGUUUACAUAUCUUUCACGGCGAUGCCUGCACUAAAAGUGUUUGAUAAAAAUAAGAAUAGAAAAUCGGCCAGAGAAGUAUACAAGAAAACCCUGACCACUUUAAACCUUUUUUAUAUUUUUUUUCAUAGGACUGCAUGUAAAAACGUGGGUACGAUGUUGGCCAGGACAACUACUCCCAAGUAACAAUCUUAAUUCUAUUUGGUUUUAUUUGUUUUUAUGAUAGUUUUAUCGGAACAUUGCAUAUUCUAGUUGAUCUUAUCGGAGUCUCAGCUGAGCACAACUAUUCUUCGUCAAUAUGUGGUUUUAAAAACACCUCCAAGAAUACUUGAGGUUCAGUUCAUAAAACCAUAAACACAACAAGAACUGUUGAACUUAUUUUCAGUUUUAUAAGGUUCUUGUAGUUAUCUUCAAUCAUCCGUUCUUGAUCAAGAGUAACUGUUCUCGCAUAAGAACAGUUUGGUACAUGAAAAAUACAAGAAAAAACUCAAGCAUCAGAUUUUGAUUCUCAUCGUUCCAUUAUUGCUGCCAAUCAAGAACACCUACUCGGAAACCCAACCGCAACGCGGUGCAGUGCCAAGUUCCUCCGGUUGCAGCAUUCGAAAUGAGGUGGGUAUGGUCAUCUAGGACAUCGUUUCCCGUGCAAUCGGGGUUCCAAUCAUCGAUCUUCAAAAUCAACAACUACUUACCUGUUGGAAGUGCUGACCGGAGGAAUGAGGCACUGCACCGCAUCAAGGCCGGUUAUUCAUCGGACGAGAUUCACAAAAUCCACCGCGGUGCGAUAAUUUAUUGUUUGUUUACAAUUUGGUGUACAUGUUUUAUGACGUUCUUGGCGGAGUUUGCAUAAACCUAUAUCAAGAACGUUAUAAACCUGAGUACUCUUGAGUAAUACUUCUUACCCUUGCAUAAGAUGAAAUAAAUUUAAGGCGUUCUGGAUGGAGGCCAACCAGGCUGCAUUGAGAACGUUAUAAAUCCUAGUAUUCUUGAAUUAUGCUUUUAGCUCUGGCAUGAGUUGAAAGAAAUUUAAGACGAUCUUAUGGUGAUGUUGAUUAAAACCAUCGAUGAUGGACCGACCACCGGCCUAGAUUUCAAUGGAAGCCAUGUUGAGAAAACUCAUGAGCAAUGUUCGCAUGACCAGGAAUAAUAUUUUUAAAUAUUUUAUUAGUGCGUUAUAAUGGAAGCGCGUUGCAAUUUUUGGAAGUAUCUUGCAACAUUUAUACGAUGAAUUUCGCUUGGCAUUUGGCAUCCUUGUUACACCACGGAAAUAUUUCCAAUUUGUGUAAUAAAUUAAUCCCGAUUACAAUAAUGUGUCAUUUUCAUUGUGUUUUUAAUUUCAAUUUAAUUCACCAAACUUUUCUGUCGACAUAAAAGCUGCAUCAGCAACAACACUGACAAAUUUAUUAUCGUUUUAUCGUGCACUUGAAGAAUUCUACAAGGAGAGAGCAAUUCGCCUUGAGGACAACUUGGGAAGUACAACAAGUUUUAAGAAAAAAUUAAAAACAACUCUUCAAGAGCAUCUUAGGAUGGGCCUCUUUGGUCUUAUGGCGGGUUUGUGGUUGAGUUGAUGCCGUGUUGCAGAACAAUUUGGUUUAUGCAUGGUUUUAAAGAACAGGUGUUGAAGAAUACUUCAAAAGCAUUAUAAAAUUAAUUUUGUUACUUGGGCUUUCAAUUUAAUAAUCCAUUUUGGGUUGGAGUUAAAAAGGUGAAUAUGUUUUUGUUGGAAAGUGUUUUCUUGUCGUUUCUGAACGUAUCUUUGUAAAGAAACGUAUAUAAUUUGAAAAUCGCUCGUAGACUUUAUGGCCUUGAAGAAUUUUGGCUUUUAUUGUCAAAACUUUUCGUCAGAUCGAACACAGAAAUUCUAUGUUGAGGUCAAGGUAUACACGAUUGAGGUAUACACGAUUACAAAAAACGGCAAAAGUCAAGAAAGUGAAUCUGUGAAUUAGUUCAUUCACGUUUUCUUUUCAUUUUACAAUGUGCUUCAGUUCAUGUCAAAUCGUUUUUCAAGUAUUUGGCUUUGGUAAGUUAAAGUUGGGGUGUGGGACCAAUUAGGUCCUAUGUUGGUCACUUCAUGCUAUAUAGGCAGCACCUAUUUAUUACAUUUAUUCAGUGACGAUUCCCAUACCUCAAAUAUACAUGUUCAACAAACGUAAAUUAUUAUUGAAUUUUUUCAUCGUAUUUGGUUGAAAAUGGCGAGAAUUGUCGUUUCCGUCCAUUUUCAAUUUGAUUCUGAUCCUGAAUUCUAUAUAAAUAAAAAUGGAAUGGUGUUUGUAUGUCACGAAUAGGCUCGGGAACGGGUCAACAGAUCGACAUGAUUCUUUCACAGUUGCAUUCCGCCAGGGCUCCGACGUGUUCGUAAAAAAAAUAUUUAGGAAAAGUGACCGGGAAGGCAAGAAAAGCGGGAAAAUCAGAAAUUUCAUUUUUUGGAGCAUUUCUUCAUGGAACCGGAUGUCAAAAAACAGAGUAGGCAGGCAGUACGACGUUUGCCGGGACUGCUAGUUCAAAAUAUAUAAAAAAAAAACAGUAUGCAAGACAAAGUUUGCCGGGGACAGCUAGUUUAUUAUAAAUUCGAUAGAGAGAGCUCUAAAAAUACCUGUGAAAAUGCGAACAGAAUAGUAAGAGGAGGUUCAGAUUCUGAUAAAGUUGGUUUAGCACGCCAGAAAAUGUUAAAGACUAAUUUGAGUAGUUGAAAAAAAAAAUCGAUUAUUAUUUAACCGAUUAUUUAAGAAUAAAUGGGCAUCCCCACCAUGCAAUGACAUUUUGACAGAAUAAACGUCGUUCGGAUGGCGCAUGCAUUUAGUGUGAUAGUAGUACCUCUUCUGCCGCUUGGUGGCGACACAUUCACUAAAAAGGAGUCGCCAAAAAUUCGUAAGAGUGACCUAUAUUGUUAAUAUAGUAUACUAGCGGUACCCGGCAAACUUUGUCUUGCCUACUGCGUUUUUGACGUUUCAAGUUUCUAGCCAAUACCAAGUCCCCGGUCAAAAUGUAUGGAAGAUCGAUUUUCAAAAACUCUCAAUUUUUCCAUGUUUUUUGCCUCAUAAACCUUCCUUGGGUGAAAACUAACAGAACAAAACAAAGAUGAUCAAAAUUGGACCUUCCGUUCGCAAGUUAUGCGCGGUCCCACGUAUGCCACUGCAUUUUUAUUAAUAUAGUAUAUUUGGAGUAAGUCAACCAAGUGCUGGUACGUGCCGUUGCUUGUUUGCCUUGGAUCGAGUGUAGCUCACUCUUUCACGCGCAUCGGUCUCACGUGCUUUCCCAUGUUCUCACUGAAUCUGCACCACGGUGGCACUGGGGUGAUUUUCUACACAUAGAGGCUUGCAGCAAAAACCUAACCUAAUUCUCAUACGAUUUGUAAACAUUGCCCUCAAUUUUUUUGAGGACAAGGACGGCUUUAUGGACCGACGCCGAAGAAAAGAAAGAGACAAUGCUGACGUCACUGUGCAAGCGCUCAUUCGCUGGAGAAAAUCCUAAAGCUCUCUCACCACACUGUUGUGUGGUUCAGUGCUCACUAAGUGAGUUUAACGAUGUAUCUUUGCUCAGAAUAUUUGCGCGCAACUGAAUCUCAUUGGUGAAUACGAGAGACGGGCUCCUGUUGGGUGAGAGGUGUAUUUUGCUUUUCUCUUUGUUACACUGGGGAUAUGGAUAUUUCUUGCAACUUGCAGAUGAGUUUCAUUAUAAGCUUGAUGAGCGUAAUAGGGGUACCGUUAAACGGGGUAACAUUGAUAGUUUUUCAGCAAAUUCCAUGAUGUUACCUGGGAACUUAUCUACUUUUUUAUUUUUAAAAACCAAAAAAGUUUUUGAAUGAAUCAAGGUGAUUUCAAAAUUCUAGUGAAAGUUUCAUUCUAAAAAAAAUCCGAGGGCUUUCAUCGCAUUCAUUUUAAUAUUUUACAGUAUUACAAAAACUAAAAUUUUGCAAAUCUAGCAGAAGUUUUUUUUUUAAUUUAAUUUCUUCAAAUAAAGUAAAUCGUUCAUAAAUUUCACUAGGUAUUUUUUGGUACUCAUUGCAGGGUUUGUUUCACAAAAAAUAUUUCAGGAAUUCUUCUAGGGAUUUCGUUGAAAAAUUAUCAAGAAAUUCCUUAAGAAAUUCUCAGAAAACUUCUUCAGUAAUUGCUUAAAAAAUCAAUUCAAAAACUCUUCUGCAGAUUCUUCUUAAAUUUUCUCGAAAUACUCGUUUUGAAAUUCCUCUUGGGACGCUUUCAGGAAGUUAUCCAGGAUAUUUCUCCAUAGUUUCCCUAAGAAAUUUCUGCUGAUAUUCUUUCAAAAAUCUUUUAUGGAUAAAUUUGGAAAUUUCUUCAAUGAUUCAACACUUAUAUUAAACAUUUUCUUCUGGAAAAUUUAAUGAAUUUCUUAAGAAGAGGUUCCUGUAGAAAUCCCUCCAGGCAUUCCUUCAUAAAUGCCUCUGGGAAUUCCCUCAGCCAUUUUUCCAGGUUUUUUUUUUAAGAAAAUCUCCUAUUGACUAUUUUAGAAAUUCGACCAAAUUUUUCUUCGGAGAGUUACUAUCGAUUUCUUUAAAAAAAAGAAAUCUUUCAAACCGCUGAGAAAAUCUUCCAUUGAUUGCUUUCGAAAUUGUUCCAUGUUCAUUAGAGAUUGCUACAUAAAUUUCUGUUGGAAUUCCUCAAGAAAAUCCUUCAUGAAUUCUCUCAUAAAUUCCUUCAGAAAUUCAUAAAUUUGGAAUUCUUUUUAAAUUUUCUCCAGCUAUUCCGCCAUUGAUAAUCUGCCACUGAUUUCAUCUAAAAUUGCUCCAAAAGUUUCUUAUGAAACCUUUCAUGCUCCACGGAUUGCUUCAUAAUGCGUUCUAGAGAUUUUAUUUUGUUUCCAGAGAUUCCUGAAGAUACUUUUUCAUGGAUUCCUUCUCUGGUGGCCGGCAGUACAACAAGGAUUUGCUAGACUUUACUGGAUUAUUCCAGCAAAGCAUUUCAGAGUGUGAACGAUCCGUGACUGGGUAACGGGAGAUUUCGGAAGAGCUGUGGAGUAGUUCAGCGAGUGGGAUUAGUAGGAUCUUACAGCUCCAAAAAUACUUCUUUCAGAAAUUCUUUCAGUGGUUCUUUACAAACAUUCACUGGCAUUUCUUCAGAAACUGCUCCAGGAAUUUUUGCAAGUAUUAAUUCCAAUCGGAAAUUCUUGCAGAUAUGUAUCCCGGAUUUUCAUUAGGUAUUUUCCGGAUAUUCUUGCAAGAAUUCCUCCAGAGAUUUUAGCGAGUUCAUCAGGAUUUAUCCAGAAAUCCCAACAAAAAAACAUAUAGAAAUUUCUACUGGUAUACCUCCAUGUCAAUUUUUCGGCUAAUGAUUACUCAAAAAAAAUCGGGAGAUUUGUAAUAUUGGAAAUAUUUUGAUUGAAUUUCAGUAGAAACCUUUGGUAAAGUUAUUGGAAAAUUCUGGUAAAACCAAUUGAAGUAAUCGCCGAAAAUUGGUAAAAUGGAUCAUUUGAGGAUUCCUGAAACCCUCUGAAAAUCAAUUAGGUGCUUUUGAAAACAAAAUUCAGUUGAACAAAGCAUCCAGAAAAGAAAAUAAAAACACUGUAAAAUUUCUUGAUUUAUGUAUCACUUAUGUUAAGAAUUUGUAAUAUCAAUUCUAAUUAUUGUGCUGGUCUUAGUUAGGUUUUUGACACUACAGGUCGGACUCGAUUAUCCGGGGGUUUAUUUAACCGGGGGCCCGAUUAUCCGGGGCUCGAUUAUCCGGCAAAAAUGGCUCGAUUAUCCGGGGAAAAGUUUGUUUAUGCUUUGUUUACAAGAUUUAAGAUUAUAAUAUGUCAAAAAAUGUGAUAAACAUCAAAUACAACACCUGAAAAUUGGAUUCAACCUAUUUGAAAAUUGUUUUUAUUUUUUCACAUUUUUCAGCUAAUAUUUCAUUUUCAAAAAACAUGGUUAUAAUAAUACCUGACGUUAAGAUUAGGCACUACAACGUCAUGUAUGUUAGCUUCUAUGUUUAACGAACAGUUUUUGAUUGAAGAACAUCAAAAAUAAAAGAAAAGAAGCAUGGCUCGAUUAUCCGUGUGAUUCGAUUAUCCGGGGUGAAAUAAUUUUGGAGCCACCCGGAUAAUCGAGUCCGACCUGUAUUUUUUGCACGACUCCAUUGAAAUUCCUAAAAAAAAGCACAAAUGAAAAAACUUCUAGAAGAAAAAAAAACGGGAUGUUUUUUUUUAAACACUAGCGUUUGAAGAAACUUAGAAGAAAAAAAAGAAUAACUGAGUCCUCUCUGUUUCAGUUGUUUUCGAUUUUUUUCAUAAAUUAAUUUUGACAUAACAGUUCUAACUACAUGAAAUUACAAGGACAUUGCAUGCUUUCAGGCGUUUUUUGUGUAUGGAAGAUUUCUGUCUAUAUUUACAAAAUUGAUUCCAUUUCGUAAAAACACCCCAAGUAACAUUUUUAGUUUUUUUUUUAUUGCCUACAAGCUGUUGUUAAAUUCAAAACAAUAAAACUCAUUUUAAAGCUUAGUAAUCCUAACAGCUCUGAUUGUUGAUUCCGCCACGUCCAGAGAUCCGACGAGCCCCAACGUCCCCAUUUCUAAACAAACGUGUUCACACCCAAUCCGCACAGAGAGGAUCGUCGAUAAUGCGGACGGUCGUGCAUCCGAGAUGAGAAGAAUGGACAGAUAAAUUGAACACAAACAAAACAGCCAUUGGUGAAGAUACAGUGCCGAUAUUCAUUGCUAGGAAAAAUGAAAUUAAUCUAAAGCUGAUUCUUAUCGCUACUUCAAAUGCUAGUUCUCUAAACCCUAAUUCUUAAAUAAUCUAAAACUAGGUAAUAUUGAAUUAAUUGAAUAUUGGGGUUUGUGCCUAAUUAGUGUUAUUGAUAAACCUAUAUUAUGCUAUUUACAGUGAAAUCUUAUUACCUAGUGUUCAUUCACUCCAUUCUUACUGAAACAGUAUUUUUUUUUACCUAAACCUACAAGGUGAGAACAUGCGCUUAGUUAGCUUAAACAGAACAUGCAAUUACUUAAACUAUACAAACAUUCACAACAAAUAGGUGCGUGUAGUUACAUUUCCCGAGAGUCUUGGAAUCUAUCUACCCAUCAUCCUCAAGCAAACUGUGGUGAGAUUGUCUUAAUUUAUACGCUAUAUGCUAUUGAACCUUAUACUAUUUCUAUUAAUUAGGCACUAAUUGUCAGUGUAUCUCAGCUCCUAAAUAAUCACGGUGGCAAUAGCGAAUCACCAAAAGAAUUUUGUAACCGUUCCUACCGUGUAAAUUGGAAUAAAGAGUUCACGAAAUCUACAUUCGCUUACCGCCCAACAUCUUACAAAAUUCUUUUGCGGCUCUUGUAUGAUGUCCGGAAAGAGCUCGAAGACUGGAUCUGGCAAGAACAGUUCUGCCGGAACGUUCAACAACCACCGGGAAGGUGGAACGAGCGUAACAGGCGCGGCAGCGGUAAUCCCAACUCGAGUGACCGUACCAACGACCGCAGCAAGUUCUCCAGGAAACAUCUCUAUUGUCGCUGCAAGUGCAGCAGCGGUCGCGACGAGCGAAGCAAUGGGCAUAACGAACCUUGGAGUCGGUGCAUUGCGCACUGCAGCGGUAGCGGUCAACAGUUCAACGGAUCUGGUAAAGGCAGGAAGCCCCCUUCCUACCACGCAGGUAAAUGCUGACGUAGCCAAUAAACUUAGUUCUAAAGGAGCGAUUCCGAAGCAAACGGCUUUGAUUGCCGAGCAGGGAAAAAGGGCAUCUCUGUCAAAUCUACGCGGAAAGGUCGUUGUCAGGCGUAAUCCGUUCCGUCGCGCGCGUCCGAAUCGGUACAGAAGUUGUGAGUUGUGUGCAGAUAGUGACAAUAGCAGAAUGGUGCAGUGUGAUGGUUGCGAGAGAUGGUUCCACUUUACAUGCGUGGAAGUCACCGAAGGGAUAGCCGAAAUCAGUUGGGUUUGUCCAGUGUGCCCGGCCGCACAGUACGAGACGGAACAGUUAAUCCCUCCUAAAGACGUCCGAGCAGUGUUGCAGGCAGAUAAUCCACCCCCAAUGGACAACGGCGAAACAAAAUCAUGCGGAAAGAAGAGCAGCAAACGAAGCGAAAAACGGAAGCUAAAUUUGCGGUUGCAGAAACUUGAGGAACAGAAGAAGUUGGAGCAGAAGUUCUUGGAGGAGAAGUUCAAAAUCCUGGAGGAAUGCGAAGGUGACAGCGAGACAGAUUUCGACGACGAGGACCUCGAGAAAAUGUCCAACAUUUCGCAAUGGAUCAGAGACACAGAAGGCGGGGAAGCAGUCCAAGAUUCCGGUGUCGUCGAGGAGGACCUGCAGGAAGAGGAUAGACAUCCGUCUGUACCUACUGAACAGUCAGUACUAGUCGAACAACGACAGCCAGGCCAGCCACAUUUUUCGCAAGGUGGACAGCGAAACACAUUUCACAUUCCGGAUUUCGCUCCCGAGCAGCGCUCUACGCCACAGACGCAGCCGGCGAUUCGUGCAACCAACCCAGCAUCGCAAUGUUUCCCGAUUCCUUCAGCGAGACCGCAAUCUAUCACGCGUCCACGGCUGACCGGACCGGCACUACAAGCAGAACCGAUCCCUGCGGAAGAGACCGUUUGUAUUCUCAAUCGGAGUCAGCUGGCCGCCAGACAAGCGGUCUCAAAAGACCUUCCGGAGUUCGAAGGUAACCCUGAGGACUGGCCUCUGUUCUUUUGCAUGUACACUUCAUCAACGAAGAUGUGCGGCUUCUCCAACGAGGAAAAUAUGCUGCGUUUACGCAAGUGUUUGAAGGGUAAGGCACUAGAUGCCGUGAAGAGUCGCCUGCUUCAUCCUUCUAAUGUUUCUGGCGUUCUCUCGACGCUUAAGAUGCUUUACGGCAGGCCAGAAGCGAUCGUCCAAGCUGGUAUUAGAAAAAUUCGUUCACUUCCAGCCCCGGAAAUAGAUCGACUAGAGAGUCUGGUCAAUUUUGCGCUCACUGUCGAAAACCUUGUGGCAACAAUAGAAGCAUGCGGUGUACAAGACUUUGUGUAUAACGCUUCGCUCAAAUUCGAACUGGUUGAAAGAUUACCACCGACGCUUAGAUUGGACUGGGCGAAGUAUACCCGAGGGAAUUCGGCCCCAAAUCUCUUGGACUUCAGUUCUUGGCUGUACUCUAUGGCGGAAGAUGCGAGUGCGGUUAUGCAGACAUGCUCCACUGCUCCGCGAAGUCGCAGUAAUAAGGGAGACGCGUUUGUCAACGUACACUCCGAGUCUACCAAAAAUUCGCGAGACCGAACGCGAGAACCAUUCAAAGAAUGCUUCGUUUGCAAAGGUUCUUGUCCAGUAAUCACAAAGUGCAAACGGUUCGGUGAACUGAGCUACGAGUCGAAGUGGUCAGUAAUACGAGAAGCGAAGCUGUGCCGUAAAUGCCUACGUAAACAUAACGGUACAUGUCGGCAACAAAACAAAUGCGGAAUCAACGGGUGCACUUAUUUGCACCACCCUUUGCUACAUAAUGAGAAAACUGGAAGCGAGCAUGGAGCAGUAGCGGCAACGAAUUCCAGUUGCAACAUCCAUCAAACUCAGACCAGCGAUGUAUUGUUUCGGAUUAUUCCAAUAGUACUACACGGUCCUGCGAAGACGGUGCGGACGUACGCCUUCAUCGAUGACGGAUCCGAACUCACGCUCAUGGAAAAAUCACUUGCGCUGGAGCUUGGACUGCAAGGAUCUCAGAUGGCCCUCUGCUUGAAAUGGACAGGGGAUACCAGCAGAAUGGAGAAUGAUUCUCAAAAGGUUGAGGUGGCUAUUUCUUCCGCCAGGAAUACAUCCCAAAGGCAUAAACUCGAGGAUGUUCGUACUGUUCAGCAGCUGAAGCUAAGACCACAGACCUUGAUAGCCUCUGAAAUGCAAAGGCGCUACAGUCAUCUUGUCGGCAUACCUUUCGAUUCCUAUAUUGAUGUGUGUCCGCGUAUCCUGAUCGGUCUAGACAACGCACAACUAGGACAUGCAUUAAAAAAGUCGAGAAGGCAAGUCAUCUGAACCCAUAGCCGUCAAAACACGUUUAGGGUGGAUCGUGUAUGGAAGUUGUUCAUCAGUUAACCACUCUGAAAGUUACGUCAACUACCAUGCGGUACAAGUGUGUGAGUGUAAUGACGCUUCCGAUGAAAAUCUCCACACAGCAAUGA